GAGCGCCCGGCUGCGCCCGCCCCGCUCCGCUCCGCGCCCCGCUCCGCUCCCCGCCACAAUGUCGGGCAGCGGCGGCGGCAGCAGCGCGGUGAAGAAGAGGAGCCCGGCGGGCUCGGCCUCCUCCAUGGCGCAGGAGGAGGAGAAGCAGGCGAUGGAGAAGAUGCUGGAGGCGGCUGGAGGGGCGCAGGAGAACGGCUGCGCCCGCACGCCUUCUCCCACCGCCGCCGCCGCUGAAGGCGAGGGGGUGGCCUUGCAGCGCUCCAUCACGCUGAUCAACGGCGUGGCCAUCAUCGUGGGGACCAUCAUCGGCUCCGGCAUCUUCGUCACCCCCACCGGGGUGCUGCGGGAGGCCGGCUCGCCGGGGCUGUCGUUGGUGGUGUGGGCCGUCUGCGGGGCCUUCUCCAUCGUGGGCGCUCUGUGCUACGCCGAGCUGGGCACCACCAUCACCAAGUCCGGCGGGGACUAUGCCUACAUGCUGGAGGUGUACGGCUCCCUGCCCGCCUUCCUCAAGCUCUGGAUAGAGCUGCUCAUCAUCCGACCCUCCUCGCAGUACAUCGUCGCUCUGGUUUUCGCCACCUACCUGCUGAAGCCCAUCUUCCCCAGCUGCCCGGUGCCUGACGAGGCUGCCAAGCUGGUGGCCUGCCUCUGUGUCCUGCUCCUCACGGCAGUGAACUGCUACAGUGUGAAAGCUGCUACCCGUGUUCAGGAUGCCUUUGCUGCAGCCAAGCUGCUGGCGCUGGCUUUGAUCAUCAUUCUUGGCUUCGUUCAGAUUGCAACGGGUGAUGUGACCAGCCUGACUCCUGAGCACUCCUUUGAAAAAACAAAAGUGGGUGUGGGGAACAUCGUGCUGGCCUUGUACAGUGGUCUUUUUGCCUAUGGAGGAUGGAAUUACUUGAAUUUUGUUACGGAGGAGAUGAUAAACCCCUACAGAAACCUGCCUCUGGCUAUCAUCAUCUCACUACCUGUAGUCACUUUGGUUUAUGUGCUGACAAACUUGGCUUACUUCACAACCCUGUCCACGGAGCAGAUGCUGAAGUCCGAAGCGGUGGCUGUGGACUUUGGGAAUCACCACCUUGGCAUCAUGUCCUGGAUCAUACCUGUCUUUGUGGGCUUGUCGUGCUUUGGAUCUGUUAAUGGAUCUCUCUUCACCUCUUCCCGGCUGUUCUUCGUUGGAUCCCGAGAAGGACACCUACCUUCAAUUCUCUCCAUGAUUCACCCGAGGCUUCUCACUCCUGUACCAUCCCUCGUCUUUACGUGUGUCAUGACCCUGCUCUACGCCUUCUCCAAUGACAUCUUCUCAGUCAUCAACUUCUUCAGCUUCUUCAACUGGCUGUGUGUGGCCCUGGCCAUCAUUGGUAUGAUGUGGCUGCGUUACAAGAAGCCGGAGCUGGAAAGGCCCAUCAAGGUGAACAUCUGCCUGCCCAUUUUCUUCAUCCUGGCUUGCUUGUUUCUCAUUGCUGUUUCCUUCUGGAUGACACCAAAGGAAUGCGGGAUCGGCUUCGCCAUCAUCUUCAGCGGGAUUCCUUUUUACUUGUUUGGGGUCUGGUGGCAAAACAAGCCCAAGUGGAUCCUCCAGGGCAUCUUCCACGCGACAGCCAUGUGCCAGAAGCUGAUGGAGGUGGUUCCCCAAGAAUCGUAAGCAGGAAAAGCAGAGACGUUCGGCUCGAGGAAACGCACAAUACUGUUCUAAGACGACACAAGGAGAAAAACACUUCUGAUCCCUCAUCAAUAAAACCUAAGCACUGGAGCACCCUGUCAGAACUGCUUCAUGUCUGACACGGUGCCGCCUGCUCUGCCUUGCCUCCUCCAGCCCUCCUGCUGCCGCCUGAGAAGUUCUUGGUACGAACGUGGGCCAGGAAGAGGAAUUCCUGCCGGCGACUUCUUGUGCAUCCAGUCAGCCUCUGUGCGUGCGUGUGUGUGGCUCUGAGGGCCGUACCUCAGUUCUGUGUGGGCUUACUAAGAUGAGCGAUGAGCCUUAUCCACCUGCCCUACCUGGUAAGGGGGUGGGUGAGAAGGAAGGCUUGGCUGAGGGCUUGGGCUGGUGCUGGCUCUCACGCACGUGCAAGCUCACACCUAAAUCUGUGCUACUGGUGCUUUGCGUUCUGCCCAGAGAGUGCCACUGGUGGUGAUGGAUGGAGGUGAGACAAGGCAGAGCAGAACUAGUGUCAGAGAAAUGAGAGUUGAGGAGGCCUCGUCUGACUCGGCUGCCUGGUUCCCCGGCUGCUGUGUGGCUGUAGCUCUCAGCCCCAAACCAUCUCCUGCUGUUGAGCCAGUUUGCUGGGAUGCCCUUCUCAAAAAUGCCCACCCUGAGCCCUGUGUGGUAGCGCUGGGAUGGAGCAGGCCCAGUUGCUCCCAGUUAGCCCAGGGAACUGCAGGUGGUCAGUUCCUUAGCUUGCUCACUCCUUGUUUCUGUGUAGAUGUCAUCCAGCGAGGGGUGAGCCCUGCUUUGCCCCAUCUUUGCCCUAAGGGUGAUCACUACAUGCCCCUAAGCCAACUACAAAGACGAAACAUGGGUGGUGGGAUCCUCCUGGUUUGUCCCCUGGGUUCUGCAUGGGAGGUUGGACCAACUGGGUCUGAGGGGUGGAAAGGGGCACACACCCCGAUGGCUGGGCCUGCUUUAAUCCUGGUCUGCUGUUUUGCUCAAGGAAGCCAGGACUGGAGGCUUCUUGAACAAGUGGCUCAUAUUGCCUCUGCACUCCAGGUGACAGUCAAUUGGAAAUCAAAUGCAUCUUUUCCUCACCAUGAAGCUGCACUUGUCUCUGUUACAAUCUUCGUUGUGCUUGUGCUUCAGAAAAUGGUUGUUGAUGCUUUUUUUUUCUCUGCCAUACUUUUAUAAAUUAAGCUGUUUGGAAGCUGGCAUCCUCCAAGAGCAAUUGCUAUCUACUUGGAUUCUCCUCUUAGCAUAGAGUCAUUUUGGAGAAGAGGCAUUAAGGACACCAAUGGUACUACUAGCUCAUGCUUUGUCCUUUUAAGAAGCUCUUCAGCAACAAAAGCAUUUAUGUUAUAGCAGGUGGGCAGCUUCUGCCCUAGCGUGUGUGGCAGUGACCACAGCUAUGUCCCACACGUGCCUAUGUGCAGCUCCUUGCUAUUGCUUUGCCAGGCAUGCAUCUUUGCUUUAAGGCAGGAAUAGGUGAGACAAUCAUCACGCUGAAACCUGUGUGGUCACACUGCUUAUUCCAUGGCAAUACAGUGCAGAGAUACCCAGCCCAGCUCUGCUAUGCUUCACGUGCGUCAACGCAGAGCUCUGCUUGAGCUGAGUUAACCUAUGGAGAAUUGCAGCUGGUUGGGGUAUGUCUGCAGUGCAGAAGUACCCAAAGUUCUGGCCAGUGCAUGGCUGUUCAGGGACCUACGUGCAAUGAGUUGGAGCAUCUCAGAGCCAGUGCCCAUGGAGAGACGUUUGCAUAGAUAAGGUCAUGAGGUGUAUAAAUCCUGAACUCAGUCUUUCUCUUUACAAGGAGUCCUCCUCCAGCUGAAGGCUGAGAUGGUUUUGCAGGGUAGCGAUGGGAGGUUGCUCCUUACGGGCCUGUUUCGUGGAGAAAAACCUGUCUCUCCCCUUCCCCUUUGGUCUUGGCAGUUUUUGGCUGCAGUGGUCUCAGGACUGGUUUCCUGCAGGGCCUGGAUUGAACUUAGGGACUCUCAGUGCUAACAAUAUAAACCAGCAGAAUUAACUUCAGUACUGAUUUACAUCAGAUUUAACUUGCUUCACAAGACCAAUCCACAGAGAGCUCAGAAAUGGGUCCAAAGUCUCCCGGACGUGCGGGGAUUGCUUGGUUUGGGCAUAUCUCUUAACGAGUUUCAUCAGUGAUGAAGACCAUCAAUAAACGAUGUCCUCUUGGUGACCCUUUCACACUGGUUUUACAGAGGAGAUGUCACACUGAGAUUUAUUUUUUUAUUAACCGAUCUUAAUUAAAACCUUAACUCGCUCGCUUGCUUUUUAA